AUGCUACACAUACUGCCCGAAGAGUGUUAUAAUACAGACUGUGAGGGUUCAAUAACUGCAAUUGAGGAUGCUUUGAGAGGUACUGACAUUACUUCCUCAAUCACGAAAUGCGUCAAUGGCAGAUCCUUAAAUUCUCCGUUGGCUGGGAAACAGUUUGUGGUAGUUGGUGCUGGCGGUGCUGGAAGAGCAAUUGCAGUUGGAGCUAAGAGUAGAGGAGCCCGUGUAAUUAUUUUCGACAUCGAUCUCGAGAGAGCAAAGAGUCUCGCUCGAGCUGUUUCUGGUGAAGCUCAACAUUUUGAAAGUCUAGCACAUUUCCAGCCUGAGAAUGGGGCAAUCCUUGCAAAUGCAACACCGAUAGGAAUGCAUCCGAGUACAGAUCGAAUUCCCGCGGCGGAGGUUCUCUCCGCUUCAUAUUCUCUCCACUUCAUAACAAGCUAGAACUUAUCUGCAGAC